UUUCCCAUCCUCCUACGUGACUGGAACAACAAAAACAGGUUUGACGUUUUGAUUUUGAUACCUUGCCCUUAGGCAGCUGUCACUUGAUGCAUAAAUGUGAGAGUUCAACCGGUUUUAUCUUCAGUGAGUAAGCUCAGAGAGGAUGACAUGAGAAUGUCGAUUGUCGUAAAAAUUAUCGGUUCCAGCCCUGGUAUUAUUCCAAUUGAUGACGGAUUGUCCUUUGAAGACGUUUGUAUACAAUGUUGUCGCGAUUUGGGAAUUUGCCCUACUUCUCGGAACCUUUUUGCGCUCAGGAACGAGACUUCAAAACUCUACGUCAAUCCUUCAGAUCUCCUGAAAGAUGGGGAUGAUUCUUAUGAGUUGAGGCUACGCUUUUGGCCCUCCCUUGUUAAUUUAUCUAAAAUUGGGACAAAAGCACUAAACUACUUCUAUCAACAAGUUCACGAGGAGUUUGUGGAGGGAAAGAUUACAGCAUUCAACAACAAAACAAACCAAAGUGUGGCAUUGGGUUUAGCUGUAACCGCUAUGUAUUGCCAUAUGAAGGAUUACGGUGUCAAAAUGAGUGAUGUCCUAACAAAUUACAAAAAGUUUGUUCCUAAAAUGGUCAGACGUAAUUCAAAUCUCAAGUACAGCACAGAAUCCUUGAAGACCCGCUUGAAUCAAGUAGUUCAGAAUCCACCUGGUGAAACGUGGUUCUUCAAACAAGCGUUCCUGAAAACAAUAGCUCAAACUGCUACUGACUAUUCAGUUGAAAAAUAUCCUGUCAAAGUGGAAGAGGGGGAAGAACUAGUUGAAUUUGAUCUGAUUAUUCAGCCCAUGAGUAGUGAACAUCCAGGAGUCAAGAUGCAGUCAGUCAAAAAGAAAAUUCUAAGUCAGUAUGUGUGUUCAAUCGAAGAAGUAUGCUUCGUUUCCAUCAGGAAAAGUGACAACCGUAUGGAAAUAUCGCGAAUCAACGGUGUACCUCAGUACUUUCUCAUGGAAAGUGAAGAGUCUAUGAAAAGUUGUGUCGGUGUCCUAAAUGGUUAUUAUCGACUUAUGGAAAAAUGGACAUUUGAUUUGUGUGGUGAACUGGUGACCCCUUCUCUUGUCAAACUAAGAAGUCUUAAAUGCCAUGGUCCUGUUGGAGAUUCCUUUGCUUACGAUAAACUAAGAGCCAAGCGUCAGAACAAACAAGGGUCCUACUUGUUACGGGAAAGUCAUGUCAACUACGACGAACUUUAUUUAGAUGUUUGCCUGGAAGACGGACAGCCAUCCACAACAUUCUCAAUCGUUAAAUCAGUUGAGGGUACGUGGACUUUCGCUGGAUUAGAAUGUCAGCCGUGCAGCAACGUACGGGAGUUGUUAGCACUUCAAGGCAAUGAGAAGCGACUCGGAAUUCCUGGAUUCGAGCUGAAGGAAUGUCUCCCGUCAUCAGAGAAUGAUGUCUCGGAACUUUUGCUUUGCCGCCAAAAACCUGUCGAAUUGGAAAUGACACUCAGCCAAAGCGCAUUUCCCCAGUUACCAGUUUGCAUUCCAACCCAGUCUAUUCAGCUGUAUGUAGGCGCUGGAUUCCAGUGUGAAUUUGAUGGCCGCUUUACCACUGUUCACCGAGGAGUGUGGCGCCGAACAACAGACGAACAAAUCCAAAUUGUGCACAAACUUCUUAGAUCGGAAUACCGACAGUCUCACUACCAAGCAUUCCUGGAAUCUGUACAGCGAUCUAUGUUUUGGCGAUCAGAAACAAUUGUUCAUGUUUUUGGUAUCGUCUUGGAUGUUAAUUUGAGAGUCAUUAUGGAGUAUUUUCCGCAAGGCCCAUUAGAUCAGUAUUUGAGAGAACAUGACCUGCCCAUCAUCGAUCUUGUGGAAGCAGCAACUAAUCUUGCCAAAGCAUUGUUUUAUUUGGAAGAAAAAGGUUUCGUUCACGGUAAAGUCCGUUGCCGAAAUUUAAUGGUUGCGUCACACACUUCCAAUUCGAUCCGAGUCAAGUUAACAGAUCCAGGAAUUGUUGCGUAUUCGGAUGACGAGUUACCUUGGAUACCGAUUGAAUUGUACGAAUCAUUGGAAUUGGUUCAUCGGAGGAGCACAGCUGACAUAUGGGCUUGCGGAACUUGCAUGUGGGAGAUCUUUUCAUAUGGAGAGAAACCCUGUUCUGGUUUCAGCAAGACAAAAAUGAUCCAAGGUUUCUUGAGUGGCUGGAGGCCCCCGAGGCCUGAAAAGUGUUUAGGAGAAAUCUAUCAUAUCAUGAUUGGUACCUGGUAUCCAGAUGUUUCGCUCAGACCAAAAGCUCAAUCCGUUAUGCGAGACAUUAACCAAAUUCUUUACGAAGUCUACAACUCGAGGCGCAGUAAUGUAUACGAACAAGUCCACGACCAUCAGCUUUCGCUCAACGGAAGCUUGGCCUCUGGAUUGACUGAGGCCACAACCCUUAGAGCUCUUUCUGAAAAUCAUGAUACGAUUUCCUUCAACUCCCAGUUCGACGACCACAACUUUCAAGAUACCCAUGCUUCACUGAACUUUGUGCUUUCAAAAUGGGAGCUAAACGGUGGUUCUUCAUUGCAAUUUGAUGAUGAAGGCACGUCAGAGUUGGCUGCGGAGAUUUACCAAUUGGAAAGGGAAAACUUGGAACUGGGAGCUGUACUCGGGAAUGGUUAUUACGGUGAAGUGCGCAUGGGAGUGAUCCGCCACAGAGACGGCACAGAGGAGACAGUUGCCGUCAAGAAACUCAAAAGCAUGACGAUGAAUAAUCCGGAGAGUGUUGAUCUUAAACGUGAAUGUGAAAUCAUGAAGAGUCUCAACCACCCAAACAUUGCCGAAAUCAAAGCCAUUGUCACCGAGCCCAUAACAAUGCUAGUGAUGGAAUACUUUCCGAUGGGUAGUUUAUUGUCCUAUUUGCGCACUGAGAAGGAAAUUAUUACUGAUCAGCAGCUAAUAAAAUUUGCAACUGACGUGGCCGAGGGUAUGGCUUAUCUGGGCGAAAAUAACAUUGUUCACCGUGAUCUGGCUACCCGCAAUAUUUUAGUAGCUGCCGAAGAUUUGGUAAAGAUUUCCGAUUUCGGUCUAGCCCGUCAAGUCGGAUACAAUGGUUACUAUGCCGUUCGUGAUUACGGUAAACAACUGCCUAUACCUUGGUACGCACCGGAAAGUUUGCUCUGUUGGAAAUUCUCCGUCCAGUCCGACGUAUGGUCAUUUGGUGUCACGCUCUACGAGAUGUUUAGCAGAGGAGAGGAACCCAAUAUUAUCAUCGGCGAUCAUACGCUUUUGUUGAAGGCUUUGCAGCAAGGUAGGCGUUUACCUUGCCCUCCGGGAUGUCCCCCUGUAAUCUAUCGAGACUUGAUGAAACCAUGUUGGGAUGCUGAAGCCUCUCUCCGGCCAUCUUUCAAAGUAUUGCUUGAUAAAAUACGCUACGUCGCCAACCAACUGUGAUAUUUAAUUCGAUCGCCUUUUCACCACCAGUUUGCAAAACAAUAAAACAUAGUUAAUAACUAAUAAGCCAGGAAAAGUCAAAAGCUUUCACAUACGAUUGGUUGAGCGAUUUUAGUAUUUUCUCAGCUUAAAAUGAAAUGCCUUACUUGAUUAUUUCAUAUUUACCAAAAGUUAUUGCUUCCAUUAACAAACACUAUAUAAUAACAAUAAUCUUUACUUAAAAAAAAAGUCAUUCCGCUUUUCAUUUUUUGUUUUGCUACAAACGAAUCGUAUGUUAUAGUUUUUCUUAAAAAAAAUCUUAAUUCCUUUUGUUGAAUGAUUAAAUUAGAUUUCUAAUAGCAAAAUACUAAAUAGGGGUUGUUUACAGGGUAGUUUUAAUGUAUGUUUUUCAACUAAUAACGCUCUUCCUCGUACAGGUUAUGAGGAAUCGUUGUAUAAUGACAGUGAAUUGUUCAUUUCUUACCUGUCACUUGAUUCCGAAAGAAAUUGUUUGUUCUAAGCCAAUUAAUUUUAAUACAAGACCGCCAAAAAUCAA